CCCCGUGUGUGUGUCUGUGUUGUUGUUCCGCGGCGGCGGCGGCGGCGGUAAGAUGGCUGCCCACGGGGGCUCCGCGGCGGCGUCGUCGGCGCUGAAGGGGUUAAUUCAGCAGUUCACCGCCAUCACCGGUGCAAGUGAAAGUGUAGGAAAACAUAUGCUUGAAGCUUGUAACAACAACCUGGAGAUGGCUGUCACCAUGUUUUUGGAUGGAGGAGGAAUUGCUGAGGAGCCCAGUACCAGUUCAGCAAGUGUCUCUGCUGUCAGACCACACACAGAAGAAGAAGUUCGUGCUCCAAUUCCUCAAAAGCAAGAAAUAUUGGUGGAGCCAGAGCCUUUGUUUGGCGGUGAGUUCUCUUUGCUUACCCUUCUCUGACUUCUUCGUUAUCAGGAUUUUAAUAAAGUUAACUGGAGAUAACAAGCGCUUGCUCAGAGAUUGUUUCUUUAUUUAUAGAAUCAGUGUUUAUCUUACAUUUCUGUAUUCCCUCUUGGGAAGCUACAUUCCUUAAUGGAGAAUAAUGUUAUACAUUAACAAUUGACAAUAUGUUGUUAGAAGGCCAAAAAGUAGGAAACUUACCAAAAUGAAUUGCUGUCUUUUUUAAGGAUGGGCGUCACUGUGUAGUCCUAGCUGGCCUGGAACUCAGAGGCUGCCUGCUCUACAUUCUAAGUUCUAGGAUUGAAGACAUGCACUGCUGUACCUAAGUCCCCACCUCCCCACUCCCUCUGGAAUUGCUGCCUCUUAUGGAAAUCAGUUCUAUUAUAUUAAAAAGAACUGUUAAUUUUAUGUUACAUCUUUUCCUCAAUAUACACUUGACUGGUAACUCUAUUGUUUUGUAUACUUUAUCUUCUCUUGUUUUAAUUUCUCCAAGUUCUGUUCCUAUUUUGGACAGAGGGGGGAAAAUAGUUCUUAUUGCAUGAAAAAAAAAUUAGUAGUCUUGGCAUAUCCAGAGUAUGCUGACAUAUGGGGCAUUUAAUCACCUUCAGAGAACAGUGAUAGUUUAACAAGUACCUACUUACCUAUACGAGGCAAACAUUUUUAGGUAUUGUUUUAAAAAUAGAGGAUUGACUCUUACUGUAGUAGGGGAAACAGAUGGUGAAAUGUAUAUUGUAUUGAGAACACUAGGACAGGAAAAUGGUUUGAAACACGAAAAUAAGAGACCCAUUUUAAGUUUUAUAGAAAAGUUAGCAUAGGGAAAAAAUUUAAAAUUUUAUUUAUUUACCUAUUUGAGAUAGGAUCUCACUGUGUGCCUUUGACUAGUCUGGAGCUUGAUAUGUAGACCGGGCUGCUCUUAAACUUGGAGAUCUGCCUGCCUCUGUCUCCUUAGUUCUGGAAUUAAAGGUGUAUACCAGACAAGAAGGGGAAAUAAUUUUUUUUUUUUUUUUUUUUUGGUUCUUUUUUUCGGAGCUGGGGAUCGAGCCCAGGGCCUUGCGCUUCCUAGGCAAGCGCUCUACCACUGAGCUAAAUCCCCAACCCCGAAAUAAUUCUUUUAAAAGACAAGAAAAUUAUCCAUGAGAUGUCAGUACUUCCUCCCUAAGUAGAGCACUUACCUAACAUGUAAGACACGAGGCUUCAUCCCUAGCAUUGCAGAAAUUCCAUCUGUAUUGAACAUAUAUGGACAUUUUUCUUGUCAGUAUUACAAAACAACAGAACAAUCAUUUAGAAAGCAUUUACAUUGAAUUAGAUCUUUCAAAUCUAGAGAUAGUGUAAACCAUAAAGUGCAUGCCCAUGUGUGCAUGUGCAUGCAUGGGAAGGCCAGGGAUUGAGCUCCGCCUUUAGUUGCUCCUCUGCCUUACUCAUCGAGGCAGGGUCUCUAAGUCAAACACAGAACUCUCUGCUACAGUUGCUUUCCCUGGCCAGCUUACUCUGGGGAACCCCCUGUUUUUGUAGUGUUGUGUGACAGAACUUUCUGGGCAUGCACAACAUAUGUCUAUUCACCUCAGAUAUGGGGCCUACUACAGGUACAGAUUCCAUCGGAGUUCAACUUGAUGAACUAAUGGGUUUUACUGGGAUUAUUUAAAGGAGCAGAAUAUCUAUCUCAAAGACAGCUGUGUCACCAAAGCCCAUUUAGCACGGUGACAGCUCAGAAAGCUGGGAACCUGGAACACACUGCACAGCCUUCAGGCAGCUCAGUAGGUUGGACAGCGUCCUUUCCACGUGCCUCAGCUGUUUAAACCUCUUCCAGGCAGCCCACCUGGGUUUUGUUUCUUCCAGGCAGCUGGUCUGGUCUGGGAGACUUCUUUGUGGGCCAGCUUUUAUUGCUGACUUUGGCAGGAAAGAGCCUAAUGAAUCUGGUCAGUCUCAGGAAUUCCCUGAAGAUGUUUUGAGUUACCUUCCCGCUUAAGUCUUUUCCUGCAGGGUGGAAUGUUUUAAUCUCUGAGGAAAUUUAUAUACCACCUUCCAAGGCUGGGAUUACAGAUGGGUUGCCAUGCCAACUAGAUAUUUUACUUGGUUUGAGGAUUCAGACUUAACUUCUCAGGUCUGCAUAGCAAAUACUUUUACUACUAAGUCCCAUCCUGCCCUGGAUAUUCACCUACAUGUUAUAGGUAAUGAGAGACAGGAAGUAGUAGAGCUUCACGUCACAGUUAUAAGGUAGUCAAGUUAGUCCUCUUAAACAGAGGACACUAUUUUAGUUCCCUCUUGGAGGUCUUAGUGGGCCCUUUGCUGUUUUGUGGUAAGGAAGUAUACAUCAUAGGGAGCAAACGGUGUAAGAAGUUGCUUAGUUCUUGGCAGCCAAG